AUGGCUCAGGACGUGGAGAUGAAGGAGCAGCAGCCUGGCACGCCGAACUCCGUCUCCGACACUUCGCCAUCCACCAUUCAGCAUUUGAAAGACAUUGCCGCAAUGAUUGAAACGGGAGCUUACACCCGGGAGGUUAGGAGGAUCGUUAGGGCAAUUCGGUGGACAAUUCAAAUCAGGAAGAAGCUGAAUGCUUCUGUGCUUUCUGCAUUUCUCAACUUUGCACUCGUGUCUGGCUCCGAGGCUCAUUCGCGCUUGUCUUCGUAUUUGCCUAAGGGGGAUGAGCAUAAUAUGGAGGUGGAUAAUAUUGCUCAUACGAAGCAUGCCUUACCGGAGCUUGAGAUCUAUUGCUCUUUGCUCGUGCUAAUAUUUCUGAUUGACCAAAAGAGAUACAAUGAGGCCAAGGCUUGUUCUUCAUCGAGUAUUGCACGUGUGAAGAACCUCAACAGGAGAACCAUAGAUGUAAUGGCAUCAAGGCUGUACUCUUAUUAUUCACUGAGCUAUGAACUUACUGGGAAUCUAGCUGAAAUACGAGGAACUCUACUUUCUUUGCACCGGACUGCGACUUUACGUCGUGAUGAGUUGGGUCAGGAAACUCUUCUGAAUCUGCUGUUGAGAAAUUACCUCCAUUACAACUUAUAUGAUCAAGCAGAGAAAUUGAGAUCAAAAGCUCCUCGUUUUGAAGCUCACUCGAACCAGCAGUUCUGUCGAUACCUCUUCUACCUCGGAAAAAUCCGAACAAUUCAGCUAGAGUACACUGAUGCUAAAGAGUCCCUUCUUCAAGCCGCCCGUAAAGCACCUGCUUCGGCUCUCGGUUUUCGAAUACAAUGCAACAAGUGGGCCGUUAUUGUCCGAUUACUGCUCGGAGAAAUUCCUGAGAGAACCGUUUUUAUGCAGAAAGGGAUGGAAAAGGCCCUCCGACCGUACUUUGAGCUUACAAAUGCUGUCCUAGUCGGAGAUCUCGAGCUUUUCAAGAAGAUAGCCGACAAAUACGCGAGCAUUUUCGCGGCCGACCGUACGAACAACUUGAUCGUUCGGCUGAGGCACAACGUUAUCCGAACGGGACUUCGCAACAUCAGCAUCUCAUACUCACGCAUCUCACUCACCGAUAUUGCUGCAAAGCUUCGGCUCGACUCUCCGAGCCCCGUUGCAGACGCUGAAUGCAUCGUGUCAAAGGCAAUCCGAGACGGGGCCAUUGAUGCCAAGCUCGACCGGGCUAGCGGGUCCAUGGUGUCCAAGGAAACGGGUGACAUUUACUCGACAAACGAGCCUCAGGCUGUGUUAAAUUCAAGAAUUGCCUUUUGUUUGAACAUGCAUAAUGAGGCCGUUCGCGCACUGAGAUUCCCGCCUAACUCGCACAAGGACAAGGAGAGUGCGGAGAAGAGGAGGGAAAGGCAGCAACAGGAGGAGCAGGAGCUUGCUAAGGUUAUAGCUGAGGAAGAUGACGAUGAAUUUUGA